GGGGCGGGGCGACGGCUGCCCUUGCGCGCGGUGGGGACGCCGCUGUUAAAAACGCUCGGCUCCGCGCGAAAGGCAGCUUGCGUUCCUGAGGUUGGGAGGUGACAGCUACACCAUGUUGUGCCGGGUGGCGAGCAGCGCGGGCCGGAGUUUGUCCCCAGCGUUGGGGGCUCUGGGCUCCCGGCAGAAGCACAGUCUCCCCGACCUGCCUUACGACUAUGGCGCCCUGGAGCCGCACAUCAACGCCCAGAUCAUGCAGCUGCACCACAGCAAGCACCACGCGGCCUACGUGAACAACUUGAACGCCACCGAGGAGAGGUACCAGGAGGCGCUGGCCAAGGGAGAUGUUACGGCUCAGGUAGCUCUUCAGCCUGCACUGAAGUUCAAUGGUGGAGGUCAUAUCAAUCACACUAUUUUUUGGACAAACCUCAGCCCGAAUGGUGGAGGAGAACCCAAAGGAGAGUUGCUAGAAGCCAUCAAACGUGACUUUGGCUCAUUUGAAAAGUUUAAGGCGAAGUUGACAGCCGUGUCUGCUGGUGUCCAAGGCUCAGGUUGGGGUUGGCUUGGCUUCAAUAAGGAACAGGGAUACUUACAGAUUGCUGCCUGUUCCAAUCAGGAUCCAUUGCAAGGAACAACAGGCCUUAUUCCACUGCUGGGGAUUGACGUGUGGGAACAUGCUUACUACCUUCAGUAUAAAAAUGUCCGGCCUGACUAUCUGAAAGCCAUCUGGAAUGUAAUCAACUGGGAGAAUGUAACUGAACGAUACAUGGCAUGCAAAAAGUAAAACAUUACCAUCAUACUG